AUGAAGCUUAUCGAAGUGAUUCUUAUCGUAGGGAUAGUAUUGAUUGGCACUUGCUACUGUCCACGUCCUCCAAUACCGUCGUUUUGCAAGGAUGAGAAAUUCAGAGCAGUAGUGACAAAGAUGAAAUUUAAUUUUGCGUUGAAAUUAUUGCGUCAAUCAUCGCCACCUAAUGAAUCGUCGCUACUGUCACCGUUUGCAAUCAUUAACAUGUUAUCAAUGCUACAUAAUGUGGUGGGAGAUGAAAUUCAACUUCAAAUGAAAGCAGUGAUUGCGGGAGUUGACGAGUCAUUUUUAAAACAACAUACACCGAUAUCACAGAGUUGUCAGUGUUAUGUUACAGAUAUUUUAAAACAAAAUGUUAUAUUUAAUGAAAAUCGAUAUAUGGAACGAUUAUCUAAAUUAUGGGUGCAGGAAAAUAUUACCCUCACGAGUGAUUUCACAAAUGUCUUAACCAGCGAUCAUUAUGUUGAGAUAGGAAGAGCUUAUUUAUCACCGCAAAAUGUUACUAAUUUUGCACAGGAAGUGAUUACUUGGAUGGAAGAAGACCCUGAUUAUGAAACCAGAAACAUCAUUUUUCUUAAUUUUAAUUUUAUGAUAUACUUAGCCAGUAAAUUUCAUAUUGAAGCAGAAUGGAAAUAUCCUUUCCUGCCACUAAGCCACUCGAUAUUUUUCAAUGUUUCGCCAUCGGAAGCAGUCACGGUACCAAUGAUGGGAAUGUCCGCAUAUUUCCCAUACUAUGAAGAUGACAAUGUCCAAGUGGUUUCCAUACCAUUCGAAAACGGCAAACUGCAAAUGGCAAUUAUUCUUCCCAAAGAAAUGUGUGGAUUACAAGAAUUUGAAAUGGAACUUACGGGAGAGCUACUAAUCAGUUAUAUUGAUGCACUUCGUACAUCCGUAGAAGUUGUGGUCUUGAUUCCAAAAUUCGCAUAUAUAAAAUAUUUUGCUUUAUCAAAUGCAUUGGAAAAUAUGGGUAUGAAAUCAAUAUUCAACCAAUCGGCUAAUUUUUCGCGCAUUACUGAUCAUACAUUAGGGAUAGCACAUCCUAUGAUAAACCUGGCUGCUAUAGAGAUCAAUGAAAGAGGAAUCACAAACAUAUCUUCAACUUUUGGUGCAACGAUUGAUGAAGACUUCAAUCGCAAUCAGCCAAAUGUUCGUGCCGAUCAUCCAUUUCUGUAUAUAAUUUUUGACAAUCAAAAAAAUAUUCAAUGGAUCGGUCGAUUCACUGCACAGGAAAGAAUAUUGAAUAAAAGAGGAAACUCUAUUAAAAGGAAAAGAUCUUGCAAAUCUGGGAAAUGCCAUAAUACAGUUCAACGUAAACUGCUAUUUUAA